AUGGCUGUAUUAUCCACUUUGGUGACCUCACUCCCCCCUCUUUCCAACAUUAUCUUGUAUGCUUUUCUUUCCUUGGUAGUGUACAUUGUAUUUGAUAUUGUCAAUCAACUGUUUGGCCCCAAGGAUGCCAAACAGCCUCCUGUGGUGUUUUCAUGGAUUCCUUUUAUGGGCAAUGCUGUUGAAUUUGGCAUCAACCCUAUUCAAUUCUUGCAAAACUGUCAAAAGAAGUACGGCGAUGUAUUCACCUUUAGAAUGGUUGGUAAGAAGGUCACGGUUCUCUUGGGUGCUGAUGGAAAUCAGUUUGUCUUCAACUCCAAACAAAACAUGUCAUCUGCUGCUGAAGCUUACAACGACAUGACCAAAUACGUCUUUGGCCGUGAAGUCGUCUAUGAUGCUCCUCAUAGCGUCUUUUUGGAGCAAAAGAGAUUCAUCAAGGCUGGCUUGAAUACAGAGUGUUUCCGUCAACAUGUGCCUAUGAUUGUCGAUGAAGUUACUGAUUUCUUCAAGGGUUUCAAAAAGCCCACGGGCACUUUUGACGCUUAUCACACCUUUGGCUCUUUGAUUAUCUGUACUGCCUCUCGUUGUUUGAUGGGCAAGGAGAUCCGUGCUGGAUUGGAUGGAAAUGUCGCACAAUUAUAUUACGAUCUUGAUCAAGGCUUCCAGCCCAUCAAUUUUAUCUUUUCCAACUUGCCUCUGCCUUCAUAUCGUAGACGUGAUGAAGCUUGUAAGAAGAUGGCUGAGCUCUAUUCUAGCAUUAUUCAACGCAGAAAGGCCGAGAAUGAUAAUACCAAUGCUGAUUUGCUCCAAGCUUUGAUGGAAUCCACAUACAAAGAUGGUACUCCUGUUCCCGACAAGCAUAUCGCUGGUAUGAUGAUUGCCGUCUUAUUCGGUGGCCAACACACCUCUGCUACAACCACUGCUUGGACUCUCCUCGAAUUAGCCGCUCGCCCUGAUCUUAUUCGUGCCUUGCGUGAAGAACAAAUCGAAAAGUUGGGUUCUCUCAAGACUGAUUUGACAUUUGAAAACCUCAAAGAGUUGACCUUGUUGGAAAACUGUGUUCGUGAGACUUUACGUCUUCAUCCACCCAUCUUCCAAAUGAUGAGAAAGGUGAUUGCUGAAAAGGUGACAUUUGAAAAGACUGGACAUGAGAUCCCCAAGGGCAACUUUCUUUGCGCUGUCCCUGGUGUAACCCAAGUGGAUGAGACCUAUUUCAAGGAUCCUCUCAAGUACAAUCCCAUGCGUUGGGUCGAUUUAGACGAUCCCGUUCAUAAUAUGGAGGCUGGUGAUGAUGCAGAUGUCGACUACGGUUUCGGUGCUGUUGGUAUCUCUUCAAAGAACCCCUUCCUGCCUUUCGGUGCUGGACGUCAUCGUUGUAUCGGCGAGACUUUUGGCUACCUGCAAAUCAAGACCAUCAUUGCCACCAUGAUCCGUAUGUUUGAUAUCGAGUUGGAAGGAAAGAGUGUUCCUAAGCCUGAUUACACUUCCAUGGUUGUUGUUCCUGAAAAGCCUGCCAACAUCAAGUACACUUGGAGAGAGUAA